UGUACAACUUCUAAUCUUCUUUUUAAAAACAACCAAAGACAGAGAGUAGGAACAACACAAUAUUCAAGUUAAGGCAACUACUAGAAGAAGCAAAAACCAGAGCCGUCAAGACAUGGCUAACUCAAGACCGAAGAAGGUUCAGUUGCUCUUCCCCAAAUGCGAAGCGUCUGUGUUACCAGACCCUUCUAGUUUCUUUAGCAACCAUCUCCUCUCAGACCCUCUCCCUACUAACUCCUUUUUCCAGAACUUCACUCUCGGCAAAGGCGACCAACCUGAGUACUUUCACCCUUACCUCAUCAAACCGGGCAAGUCCUCGCUCUCCAUCUCCUACCCAUCUCUGCUUCAUAACUCAGACUUCUUCCACGAGGUUUUCAAAUCAGACAUUACCAUCUCCUCCGGUUCACCCGUCGACCAGAGUUCCAGGCAACAAACUCAUCAGAUCUCUUCCUUUAGCGAUCUCGGCGUCAACCUUGACUUCCCUUCCUCUAAUCUCAGAUUCUUCCUCGUCAGAGGAAGCCCGUUUAUCACAUGCUCGGUCUCAUGCAACAAGAUCACAAUCUCAACAGGCCACGAGUUCGUAUCCUUUUCCGGAAACAGCUCUUGUACAAAGUACACGGCUAGGCUGAACAACAACCAGACCUGGUUGAUUUACACCACUUCCCCUAUUAAGCUAACCAAACACGACAACUCCUCGAUACACUGUCGUGGCGACUUUUCCGGUUUAAUCCGAAUCGCUGUGUUACCUACAUCAAAGCCAGAUUUCGAACCGGUUCUCGACCGGUUCAGCCGCUCGUACCCGGUUUCCGGUGAAGCAGACGUCACGAAGCCAUUCACUUUAGAGUACAAAUGGGAGAAGAGAGGCCACGGAGAUCUCUUAAUGCUAGCUCAUCCUCUUCAUCUAAAGCUCUUAUCAAAAGACAACGAAUCAGUCACCGUGCUGGACAAAAUCAAAUACAGAAGCAUCGAUGGGGACUUAACCGGUGUUAUCGGAGAUUCAUGGGUUCUCAAACCGGAUACUGUACCGGUUACGUGGCACUCACUCAAAGGAGUGAAACAAGAUUCAUCAUCACGCGAAGAGAUCAUCUCAGCUCUCAUCAAAGACGUCAUCGCCUUGAACUCCUCGUCUCCCGUCUCGAGCCGGUCUUAUCACUACGGGAAAGUGAUAGCGAGAGCAGCGAGGCUGGCUUUGAUUGCAGAAGAAGUCUCCUAUCUCCAUGUGAUUCCUGCUGUCGGUAAUUACCUAAAGGACAUGAUCGAGCCGUGGCUAGAAGGGAGCUUCGGACCAAACUCCUUUGUGUACGAUCCUAAAUGGGGAGGUUUAAUCACAGCGCAAGGAGCGAGAAAUGCGCGGGAAGAUAACGGAUACGGGAUAUACAACAACCAUCAUUAUCAUCUCGGUUACUUCCUCUACGCGAUUGCUGUGCUCGUUAAGAUCGAUCCUUUGUGGGGGAAGAGAUACAGACCUCAGGCUUACACUCUGAUGGCGGAUUACAUGACGUUGGGGAGGGAAUGUGAUUCUGGUUUCCCGCGUUUGAGAUGUUUUGACGUUUCCAAGCUGCACUCUUGGGCAGGAGGGUUGACGGCGUUUGCGGACGGGAGGAAUCAGGUGUGUCCAAGCGAGGCUGUAAACGCUUAUUACUCGGCUGCUUUGUUAGGUUUAGCGUAUGGCGACGUGCAUCUUGUUGCGGCGGCUUCCACCAUCAUGUCGCUUGAGAUCCACGCCUCGAAAAUGUGGUGGCAGGUGAAAGAAGAAAACACUAUGUACCCAAAAGAUUUCACGGCCAAGAAUCGUUUGGUUGGGGUAUUAUGGUCGACGAAGAGAGACAGUAGCCUAUGGUUCGGGGAUAGGGAGUGGAAAGAGUGUCGGCUUGGUCAACAGUUAUUACCGUUGAUUCCGGUUUCGGAAAUCCUCUUCUCCGACGUGAAAUUCGUGAAGCAGCUCGUGAAGUGGACUAGGCCUGCGUUGAAGAGAGACGGCGUUAAAGAUGGCUGGAAAGGGUUCGUUUAUGCUUUGGAAAGUGUAUACAGCAAAUACGAAGCGUUAGAGAAGGUGCGAGGAUUGCAAGAGUUUGACGAUGGAAACUCUCGCAGUAAUUUAUUGUGGUGGGUCCACAGUAGAGACUAGACGCUGGUCAUGAAGUCUAACUAAGAUUCUGUGGUACAAUUCUUAAGCAGUACUAGACGUUUGUGUCAGUGUGUGUGUCUGAUCAUGAAGCUGAACAUUUGGU